GUUUGUCUGCCAAAUCUACUGCUCCACACUCCAAUCCAGUUGGUGGCGGUAAUGCAACAAAAGCUGGUUUGUAAACCAUCAUUCCUCCACAGAAGUAGACGAAGAAGAAGUAGGAGGGGAAAGAAGAAAAGCAGGAGACCUGGCGUAUUUCCGUAGAUUAAGCCUGCUCUUCUGAACAGAAUGCUGUUCGUUUUACAUUUUAUGGCUAACACAGAUUUUGCGAGCACGUUCGAUCCUUCGCUUCCCAGAAUUUAAUUUCGUCCAGUUUAACAAACGAGCGAGUGAAUCUGGGAGCUGCACUACUGCACACCUUUGAGUAGCAGUAUGAUGCAGGCAGGAGUCUGUCUGAGACAGGACACUGUGACAACACUACCAGAGUUCACUGAUGAGCACAGGAUCAGACAGAAAGAAGAGGAACUCAGUGGUCUGGAGUCUGUCCACAUGGCAGAGUCAGAGACAGAGUGUGCUGCACCAGGACUCGACACACUGGAGCCAGAGUGUGUUACAGCACACUGUGGGGUCAGUGAUGUACACCACACACACACACCACUGAGUAAAACAGAAACUGAUCUGGGCUCCACCCACACUGGAGAUCUUUUUGAGACUGUGAACAUAGACAAUAAAGAGCUGCGAUAUGUAACCCGUCUGCAGCCUGACCAAAUCAAAACCGAGACUGAUGAUGGAGGAUAUCUUAAGACAGAACACAUUGGUGGCUUGCUGGAUAUUAAAUGUGUUAAUAUUAAAACGUGUGAAAUGAAGUGUGAAUCCAGUGAAAGUAUAGUGAGUGAUCUGAUGAAUACUGUGGUAAGUGAAGCUGCAGUUGAUCACAAAGACCAGAUUGAACCAUGGCAAUGUGCCGGAGAGUCAGAACCCAACUGUAAAAAAGAAAUUAAUGAUGUGCCUACCAAAUAUGUGGAUGUAAAUCAUCACUGUGAAAUGAUCACUGAAAGUGGUCACACCAGAAUUGUCCAGAAGAUUACAAACAAUACCAACAAACAUAAUAAUUUCCAGGGAAUGGAUGUGAUAAAUCAACACAUGAUAAAUAAUUCAAGUAAAAACCAAAGCCUUUUGAAUUUCCAUCAAAAAAAUAUAAUUUGUAGAAAUAAUGGUGCAACUAAUACAGGUCAAAAGCGUUACAAAUGUUCUCAGUGUGAGAAGUGCUUUAAUUCCAAAUCUGUUUUAAAAAGACACCUGACAAUUCAUACAGGUGAAAAGCCCUACAAAUGUUCUCAGUGUGGGAAGUGCUUUAAUUCCAAAUCUGGUUUAAAAACACACCUGGCAAUUCAUACAGGUGAAAAGCCCUACAAAUGUUCUCAGUGUGGGAAGUGUUUUUCCUCAACAUCUAAUUUAAAUAACCACCAGCGAAUUCAUACAGAUGAAAAGCGUUACAAAUGUUCUCAGUGUGAGAAGUGCUUUAAUUCCAGAUCCGGUUUCAAAACACACCUGACAGUUCAUACAGGUGAAAAGCCCUACAAAUGUUCUCAGUGUGGGAAGUGUCUUUCCUCACCAUCUAAUUUACAUACCCACCAGCGAAUUCAUACAGAUGAAAAGCGUUACAAGUGUUCUCACUGUGAGAAGUGCUUUACUUCCACAUCUAGUUUCAAUAGACACCUAAGAAAUCAUACAAGUGAAAAACCCUACAAAUGUUCUCAGUGUGGGAAGUGUUUUUCCUCAACAUCUAAUUUAAAUGUCCAUGAGAGAAUUCAUACAAGUGACAAGCCCUACAAAUGUUCUCAGUGUGGGAAGUGCUUUUCCACAAUAUCUCGUUUCACUUCCCACCAGCGAAUUCAUACAGAUGAAAAGCGUUACAAAUGUUCUCAGUGUGAGAAGUGCUAUAAUUCCGAAUCUGGUUUAAAAAAACACCUGACAAUUCAUACAGGUGAAAAGCCCUACAAAUGUUCUCAGUGUGGGAAGUGCUUUAAUUCCAAAUCUGGUUUAAAUAGUCACCUGAGAGUUCAUACAAGUGAAAAGCCCUACAAAUGUUCUCAGUGUGGGAAGUGCUUUGCCUAUAUUUGUAAUUUAAAUGCCCACCUGAGACUUCAUACAGGUGAUAAGCCCUACAAAUGUUCUCAGUGUGAGAAGCAUUUUAAUUCCAAAUCUGGUUUAAAAAUACACCUGACAAUUCAUACAGGUGAAAAGCCCUACAAAUGUUCUCAGUGUGGGAAGUGUUUUUCCUCAACAUCUAUUUUAAAAACCCACCAGCAAAUUCAUACAGAUGAAAAGCGUUACAAAUGUUCUCAGUGUGGGAAGUGCUUUAAUUAUAAAUCUGGUUUAAAUACACACCUGACAAGUCAUACAGGUGAAAAGCCGUACAAGUGUUCUCAGUGCGGGAAGUGCUUUAAUUCCACUUCUAGUUUCAAUAGACACCUAAGCAUUCAUACAGGUGAAAAGCCCUACAAAUGUUCUCAGUGUGGGAAGUGCUUUAAUUCCAAAUCUAGUUUCAAUAGACACCUGAAAAUUCAUACAGGUGAAAAACCCUACAAAUGUUCUCAGUGUGGGAAGUGCUUUGCCUUUAUAGCUUCUUUAAAUGUCCACCAGAGGAUUCAUACAGUGGGAAAGCCAUACAAAUGUAGUGAGUGUGGGAAGACUUUUAAAACGAAAUAUUAUUAUAAGGCACACAAGAUAAUUCAUUCAGGUGAAAUGCCCUUCAAAUGUAGUGAGUGCGAACUGCGUUUUAAUUCCAAAUAUCGUUUCAAUCGACACAAGACAUUUCAUAUAGGUAAAAAGUCCUACGGAGUGUAGGAUGUGUUUUUCCCAAAUAUGCAAUUUACAUACCCACCAGAAAAGAAUGAACCUUUGUAAUUUCAGGCCACAUUAUUUAAUUGAAUCUAGCCUAUAUAUAAAAAUUUCCAGAAGUUAAAUUAUUCUGGUGAGAAACCACACAGCUUUUAUACAAGCUGGUGGGACUUUUCCACAGAGCCUUGUUCUCAACGCGCCACAAUAGGGUACUGACUCCUCAAAUAAACUUUCAAAUUUAGGAUUUUCACCAGUAAGUUUUCCAGUGGAACUUUGCACUUGUAAUUCAUUCUUUUUGUGACCUGCCUUCUGUAACAAAACUUUCCUGCUGUAUAGUCGCACAGUAUAUCAUUGCCCUGUGAUUUUCCUUGGUGAUUGUAUUUUUGAGAGGCAUUUGAAAUACAGCACAAUAGCUGGGGCAAACUGGAAUCCCAUUUUCUUUAAUAACGAGUGUUUCACCAUUUCUUUUUUUAGAAAAAGUAAUUUCCCUUGGAGUCCAAUUGCUGAUAUAUUGUGACGAUGAAACUGACACCAGUGUACCUUGUUUGAACAACUCAAUGCGAAAACUCUUUGCAUAUACUGCUGUAAGAAACAUGGUUGUGUGUCUUGCCAACAUGUAUCAUGAAAUGAACUUAAUGGUAUUGGCUUUUUAAAUUGUUUUACUGCCAAUGUAGAGGCUGUAAUGUGUUAAUGAAUUUAGUUUUAGUUCCUGCUGUGCAUUCCUGAACACUUACUGUAUAUGAGUUGUGUAUGAAAUAAAUUUACAUGGUGAAUGUAAACAUACCAUGUUAUGUAAAUUUA